AUGAAUCCAUGUAUCGACAAUGCUCAUGAAAUUGAUUCUCAGUCCGUGCGCGACGCACUUAUCAUUUCUCGUCAUUCGUCACAAAUCACUGUAAAAAAUCAGAAAGCUUUUAGAACACAACAACGCCUAUUUCCACCAAAACAAGAAAUUAUUCAG